AUGAACCUGAUGGAGUUUAACCAAUCUGAUCGCUGUGAGCAUUUCUCCUGUCCAGAGAGAUCUGUAUCUCCUGCAGUUUAUAUCUUACUGUACGUGUGUUCAGCUGCUGUGGUUCUUCUAACAGUGUGUGGAAAUCUGCUUGUCAUCAUCUCUGUUUUUCACUUCAAGCAGCUUCACACACCAACCAACAUGCUCGUGCUCUCUCUGGCUGUGUCGGAUUUCCUCAUCGGCUCUUUAGCGAUGCCGUCAAUUUUAAUCUGGGCGAUUGAGUUAUGCUGGAUUUUGGGGACACAUUUCUGCAUGUGUGUUAUGAUGACUGCCUCCCUGCUGAUGACUUUAUCCAUAUAUCAUAUUGUUCUGAUUGCUGUGGAUCGGUAUUUGGCUCUCUCAAACCCCUUUCUCUACAUGAACAGAGUCUCUGUGAGGGUAAUUCAAGUUGUAAUUAUUUUUAACUGGUGUGUGGUGGUGGCCUAUAAUUUAAUACUUUUGUAUUUUAAUGGAAACUUCAUGAGCUCUGUCAUGUGUCCUGGAGAGUGUGUUAUCUUUCUGAAUGAGGUUUGGUCUGUAAUUGACCUUAUAUAUUCAUUUAUAUUUCCACUCUCUGUCAUUAUCAUAUUGUAUACUCAAGUUUUUGUGAUUGCUAAGAAACAUGCCACUGCUAUCAGAGAGCUUAAUAAUCACACACAGCCAAAAACACAGAAAAUCACCUCACACUCAAUGAAAUCUGAGAGAAAAGCAGCUAAAGUUCUCGGCAUUUUAGUGUCUGUGUUUCUGAUGUGUUUACUUCCAUAUUUUAUUUACAGUUUAAUAGGUGAUGUUAUUGAAUUGCCAGCCGGAUUAUUUCAGAAAGUCUUUAUCAUGCUUCAUCUUAAUUCCACCAUUAAUCCACUUAUUUAUGCUCUGUUUUACCCGUGGUUUAGGAGGUGCAUUAAAUUAAUUAUAACUCUGCAAAUAUUCCAAACAGACUCUGCAUUAAUAAACAUUCUUACAUGAAUAGCCUUUUUCACUACUUUAAUAUAUGGUAGGAAUUUGAUUUGUUACCGAAGCUAAAAGUGAAUUAAAUUAA